AUGGACUUUGAUGCGUCCAACAAUUGUACUGCAUACUGUUCUCUGAAUCCAUAUCGAAAGGAGAGCUCUCAGCUGUGCCUGCCUUCAGGAUCUCCAAUCCUUGGAAAUAAAAUUCUGUGCAGAUUUCAGUAGAAAACCUGAGGACCUAGCACCAAACUUACGCUCAUAUCUAAAUGAGAACUGCAUGAACUUGCAGAAGAACAAGAAAGUUAUACAUCAAGGCAACUUUAAAAUGCGUUGCCCUGCGCAGGACCACCUUCCAUCAAGUCUGCUCCCUCUGGGAUCUGCUUCCUGUGUUGACUAUGCCUGCAUGGAGCUGCCUGGUGACUGGAGCAGGAGGGUUUCUGGGCCAGAGGAUCAUCAAGAUGUUGGUGCAGGAGGAAGAGCUGCAGGAGAUCAGAGCCCUGUUCAGGACCUUCAGUCCAAAACACAAAGAGGAAUUAUCCAAGUUACAGACAAAGACCAAGGUGACAAUAUUGAAGGGAGACAUUCUGGAUGUCCAGUGCCUGAAGAGAGCCUGCCAGGGCAUCUCUGUUGCCAUCCACACCGCUGCUGCUGUUGAAAUCAAUGGUGCUACUUCCAGACAGACCAUCCUAGAUGUCAAUCUGAAAGGUACUCAGCUCCUUUUGGAUGCUUGUGUGGAAGCCAGUGUGCCAGCCUUCAUCUACAGCAGUUCAACAAUUGUGGCUGGACCAAACUCCUACAAGGAGAUCAUCCUGAAUGGCCAUGAGGAAGAGUAUCAUGAAAGCACAUGGUCUGAUCCAUAUCCAUACAGCAAAAAGAUGGCGGAGAAGGCAGUGCUGGCAGCCAAUGGGAGCAACCUGAAAAAUGGUGGCACUUUGCAUACUUGUGCCUUAAGAGUCCCAUUUAUCUAUGGGGAAGAAAACCGAAUCACUUCAAUCAUUGUAAAUGCAGCGCUCAAGAACAACAGCAUGCUUAAGAAGUAUGCAUCAUUCUCCAUAGUCAACCCAGUGUAUGUGAGCAAUGCAGCCUGGGCUCACAUUGUGGCUGCCAGAGUCCUACAAGACCCCAAGAAGUCCCCAAGCAUCCAUGGACAGUUUUAUUACAUCUCAGAUGACACUCCUCACCAAAGCUAUGAUGAUUUAAAUUACACCCUGAGCAAGGAGUGGGGCCUCCGCCUUGAUUCCAGUUGGAGCCUUCCUCUGCGCCUGCUCUACUGGCUUGCCUUCCUUCUGGAAACGGUGAGCUUCCUGCUAAGUCCAGUCUACAACUAUAGGCCACCCUUUAACCGCUUUAAGGUUAUAGUGCUAAAUAGUGUGUUCACUGUCUCCUACAAAAAAGCUCAGCGAGAUCUGGGCUAUGAGCCACUUGUCAGCUGGGAGGAAGCGAAGCAGAAAACCUCAGAGUGGAUUGGGACACUGGUGAAGCAGCACAGGGAGACACUGGACACAAAGUCUCAGUGAUGAGAAGAGGGCGAGACAUGGCCCUGGGUAUUAUAGGUCCUCUACCAAAGACAGAGGCACAACUCAGGUUCUUUGAUACAGAAGAUCUUAGAGUUGUAAUGAAGUCACCAAAAGGCUUGCCAGUCACUGUCCCAGCCACAAGCCUUCUUUCUGAAGUGCCUGCCCAGAGAUACACGGGCAGCUGUGCCCCAGCUCCUGAAUCCAAACUCCUCAGCACCUCUUGUACCUCAGAGCUCUCUCCAUUAUUUUCUCUCCCCAUUCAAAGCAUGUCUAGCCUUCAGAAAAUUCUGCUUGCUUUAUGAAACCCAAUGGAAGGAACAAUAAAUAUUUGUCAAUCCUUCAACAGUGAA